AUGUGCGCCUUUGACGCAUCGAGUGCAGCGCUGGAGAGGCACACCGGCGCGUGGGCAGUGCUGGACGGCAAGUCGACCACCAGGCUGAGGGCGACGCUGAGCAACGCUUUUGUGGCCAGCGAGGAAGGGGUUUUCCUGGUCUUCUGGGACAAGGCGAACGAUGUAUUCUACGGCGCGGCGCGCAUGACCACGCCGCCCGGCGCCGGCCCUCAAAACCUGCCCUGGACCGAGCUGGGCCAGGGGGCCGACGCCCUGGCGGCGUUUGGUGUGCGGUGGGAGGUCUGCACCACCCUGCCGUACGGCGAGGCUCGCGAGCUGCGCAACCCCUACAAUGACAACCAGCCCAUCUACGGCGGCGGCAACGGGCAGGAGAUCCACCCCGUGCCCGGCGCCCGCCUGCUGGCCCUGAUGCAUGAACACGGGCACCCGCCGCCGGCCGCACAGCACCUGCCUGCUUUGCUGGCUGCGCGGCUGGGCGGGCAGCUGCAGGAGGCGGCCUCCGCGCCAUGGCGCCCGGUCAGCUACUUCCUUUUAAAAGCGGCAUCAUUGCGUGACCUGGAGCUGGCGCGGCAGUGGGGCGCGUGGCCGGCGCCGGCGCACCGAUCUGAGCUGUUGGACGGUGCGUUUGAACGCGGGGACGAGGUGCUGUUCGUCGUGACGGGCAACAAAGCAGCUUCCGGCGGCUUCUACCAUGGGGUUGCCCGCAUGACCACGGCCCUGGGUGGCGGCCCCCAGGAUGUCCCCUGGGCGGGGCCCUACCCCCCAGGCGCCGCCGAGCGCGCCUUCGGGCUCGAGUGGCUGUCCGCUCGCCUGCUGCCGUGGGCGGCGGGCGAGCACCUGACCAACAACACGAAGCGGCGGAAGGGCAAGGCGAUCAUGGUGCACGCGUGCGUCGACGGCGAGGACCUCCACCCUGUGCCAGCGGCACAGCUGGUUAAGUUGAUCAGCAGCAGCCCAGAGCCCUGGGAUGUACCCGAGUAUGGGGAGGCGGACGAGCGGGCGGGCGAGAUGGAGGGCGGGUAUGGGCACCGCCACGGGCCGUGGGAGCAGCAGCAGCAGGAGCACGAGGAGGAGGAGCAGCAGCAGCACCGGGGUGGCGACGUCCCGGACGGCGAUGUGCAUAUGCAGGAGCGGCGACCGGGCAGCGCGGGGGACUGUGGCGCAGCCGCCGACGCCGCGCGGCGGCGGCUGCUGGUGUCGAAGUCGCGGGCGCGGUGCUUUUUGCUCAAGUCAGCCUGCUUUGACGACCUGGGGCUGUCGAUGCGCUGCGGCGCGUGGCCCGCGCCAGCGUGGCACCCCGAGAUUCUAGGGGAGGCGUUUGAGCGCGGGGACGAGGUUCUGCUGAUCAUGAGCACGUUCAAGAAGGCGGACAAGCACGCUGCCCACUACCAUGGACUCGCGCGCAUGACGUCACCCCUGGGCGGCGCCCCCCACGACAUCCCCUGGGGCGGGGCCCUGUCUGCUGCAAGCACAACUCAAGCGUUCUGCGUGGAGUGGCUGCUCUCGCGCUGGCUGCCGUGGGGCCACGCGGAGCACAUCCUCAACAAUACCACGCGGCGUGUGGGGCAGCACAUUACACUGCACGCAUGUGAGGACGGGGAGGACUUGCACCCAAAGGCGGGCGCUCUGCUGAUCAAGCUGCUGCUCAGCAGCCCGGCCUCGCAGCCAUGGGAGCCUGAGGACGGCCCCGUGCAGCCACAGACACAGCAGCAGCGGCGGCAGCAGCAGCAGCAGCCGGAGGCGCAGCAGCAGCCGCAGUUUCAGCAGCAGGAGCAGCAGCAACAGCAGCGGCGGCAGGAGCAGCAGCAGCAGCAGCAGCAGCAGCAGCAGCAGCAGCAGCAGCAGCAGCAGCAGCAGCAGCAGCGGCAGCAGGCGGCGCCACCCGUGCAACCGAUGAAGGCGGCGCACGCGCUUGGGCAGGGCCCUCACGAGGGCACACCGACUUCCGGCGCUACCACGGUGCCAGCAACAGGGCCUGGCGGGGCUGGUGUUGAUUCGCUGACGUUUGACGAGUUUCUCGAGGCGUUCAGGUCGGUCAGGCGGCGAAUGCGCCAGCUGUCAGAGAUUGGCGGCCAAGGCGACGGCGGCGGCGGGCAUGGGAUGGGGGACAAGAAGGCAGGGGACAAGCGGCCGGCAUCCGCGGCGUUUGCGGCGCAUGAUGACAUGGAGCAGCAGCGCCAGCAGCAGGAGCAGCAGCAGCAGCUGCUGCGGGGGCCAUCGCUGCUGGCGCUACUGGACGGCGUGGACCUGGCGCCAGAGCUGUGA